AGCACUUAUUUGACUAACUGGAGUGAACCGUUUUCUAACGUGCAUGUUUGCUAACGGAGUAAUAGAUGGCUGAGCUUCUUUCUCUCCUAUAAUUUUGGAUCAGUAACCAAUUAUUUUUUCCAACUCCUUUUCUAUUAAUAAACAAGAAGCUCUGUAUUUUAAGAUUACCAUCGAACAAAACUACUCUUACAAGCUUUUCUCUCCAAAUACUUUACACACAGAAAAUGGGUUCUUUUCAAAGCUUAUGCUGGAUUAUUAAUUUGAUGAUUUCCCUCGUAGUUCUGGUUCCGACUAUUAGUCGAAGGGCUCGUUUAAUCCUGGGGGAAGAUUUCCGUUCACCGGAAAUACUUUCAGAGGACAGCGUUUACGCGACUCGAGCCACGGUGUUUCUUGUUGUUAUGUUUUGCAGGUCUUUCUCCCUGUUGGCGACAAAAGUGUUUUGGACCUGCGGUAAUAAGAUUAGAACAAAGUGCUGCCAUGGAAGAACUAAAGAAGAUGAUACCCAGGAACCGCCAUGCCGCCGCAAACUGCCGAAGAGGAAGGAUGAAGCUCUUAGCCUGAGUAAUCUCGUGUUUCAGUCGGCCAAACUGGGACAGCCAGGAGCAAGUGAAGAAGUCAAAUUCCCAACAAUCAGAUAAUCAAAGACCGAGAGCGAUUAGAGACCCACCCAGGUCGGCGGCCUACAGAAACUUGGUAAGGCGUUCAAUUGACAAAAUGGGAGUUUUGGAAGCGUUGAGUGGCUGGCGAUUGGUAGUAACUAGUCUGCGGCCGUACUAAUUAGAUGAUUUUCCUAUUCCAAAUUCCACGUAUCGAACAAUUAUUGUAUUGAGUACAUAAUACUAAUACUACCCCCGUCCCCCUAAGUUUGAGACAAGAGAAAGUGUCACGGUUAUUAAUAAAAGUGGGUUUAUAUA